AUGAGGCAAAUCAUUUUAACAUUGAUAUGGUUGAACAAUCGUUUGGGUGCAGCUUAUUAUAACAUCGUAACGUCAGAAUUAUUUGUAAUGGAGGACACUCACGAUGAUGUCGUUAAUUUCAAUAUUACAAAAAUGCUUUAUAGACAAUGUCAACCGCAUUACAUUGUCACGAUACUUGGAAUAUUCGAGGAUUUUCUUAAUUGUUUAAAAAAGCUCGUAGUUGCGGAUGCAAUAGAGGAUAAUCAAAGUUCUAGUUCGAGCGAUCGAUCGAUUCAAACCAUAUUUAAAGCCUUACCGAAAAAAGAAAAUAACUAUGAUAUUUGUUAUCAUCGAGUUCGAUGUCUAAAACUCGAUUCGGAACCAAAAGAUGCUGAAAAUUCUGAAAGAGUUACAUUUUUAAAUGCUUUGCUAGAUUUUAAGUCUCAUGCGAUGAUCCACGCUUUAGGAUUACUCUUAAGAUUUAUCGAUAAGCAUUGGAAUACUAUUGCUCUUGAUCCUUCCGGCAAAGCAUCUUUUAUCUCCUUGAAUUACAUUACUUUAGAAAACCUUGUAAUGAUCGAUGACGACUCUUAUAAAGCAUUAAAUAUCGUCCAAACAAAAUAUCAUCCAAGUUUCUUCAAAUUCGGUAAUGCAUCUACAAAAAUACAAAGCGGUAGCUUAUUCGCACUGUUAAAUUGUUGUCAAUCGAGACCGGGUAUACAGUUUUUAUGGAAAACAAUUCGACGUCCAACAAGAGACAUCGACAUACUCAAUCAAAGAUUCGACGUAAUAGAUUUCUUCUUGGAUCCAACUAAUCAAAGCGUCGUUGAAAAUUUAACAACAUGUUUGAAAGAUAUUUAUCGUUUAACAAACGCAAUACUUAGCCGUUAUUUAGGUCCAAGAGCGAGAGCUUCCGAUUGGCAGAGAUUGCAUAAAACUGUUACUAACAUAAUUUACAUCGCCUAUAUUUGUGAGAAUUAUGACAAUAAGAUACAAUUAUUCAGAAAGAUAGUAAAUAUUAUUACGGAUGAGAUGCAUUACGUGAAAUAUUUCAUUGAACUUAUAGUUGACUUUGAAGCGAGCAGACGUGAAAAUACAUUUGUUGUUAGAUCCGACGUUGAUCCUCAAUUAGACGAACUACGUAAUCUAAAACAUGCUUUACCUCAACUCUUAACAAAAAUGGGCGAAAAAGAUAUGCAAGAUAAUCUUCCCACAUCUGUUACAAGUUGCAACAUGGUUUAUCUACCAAAUAUCGGCUACGUAUUGGCUAUUAAACAAUGGAAUCGUACUCCACCAGAAACGGAUGACAUUCCUGGUUUAGAAUUCAAAUUUAUAAUAAACGGUGUGCAUUAUUAUAAGAGUCCUUGCGCUAGAGAAUUAGAUAAUAGUAUAGGUGAUAUCAUGUCAAAAAUAACAAAACGACAAAGUGAAAUUAUGUUGAAAUUGGUACGAUAUAUAAAUAAACACGCAAAUUCUAUACUAUGUGCUAUACAGUUGUGUGCAGAAUUAGACACAUUGCUGUCCUUCUCACAAGUGGCACGGAAUCAUAAUUACGUGAGACCAAAUAUGGUCAAGUCGCAAGUUAUAGCCGUGAAACAAGGACGACAUCCUUUACAAGAAUUUCAUACCACAUAUGUACCGAACGAUAUUUAUUCUGGACAAGGGAAAAGCCUCGUCAAAAUUAUAACCGGUCCGAACGCUUGCGGAAAGAGUAUAUAUCUUAAGCAGGUGGCACUUAUAGUUUUCAUGGCUCAUAUCGGUUGUUUCGUACCUGCUGAAUCUGCGACAAUUGGUGUUAUGACUCAUAUAUUAACGCAAAUCGUUACUAUAGAUAGUAUUUCAUUAGAUGCGAGUGCUUUUUUACAAACUCUUCGACAGAUAAAUAUGGCAUUGUAUGCAUCAACUCCAAAUUCGCUUAUAAUAAUGGAUGAGUUUGGCAAAGGCACAUCCGAGACAAAUGGUCUGUCAUUACUGGCUGCUGUUCUAGAUAGCUUUGUCGAGAGAGCCAUUUAUUGUCCUCACGUAUUCGCUGCAACUCACAUUCAUCGUGUAACAAAGCUGUUGCCUGAAAAUCCGAUGAUAGAAGCCCAAACUUUUGAAUUCAUAACGAACAACGACGACGAGUCUCUAGCGUUUCUUUAUCGCUUGGUAGUUGGAAAUACGACUUGCAGUUUUGCACACUCUGUAGCAAAAAGUGCUGGUCUUAGCGAACAACUUAUAAAGCGCAGCUUAGAGAUUUUUAAGAACGUAAAACAGGGAACACUUCCUUCGCGUAUCCCCGAAGUUCAACGAAAAGAUACGGUAAAACAUAUAAUCGAAAGAGUAGUCGUUCCAGACGUUGACUUUGACUUAGAGGAAUUGAAGUCGUGGGUGCGCCAAGCUAUAUUACCAUCGUCGACAAAAUUUUAAUAAAUAAUAUACAAACAUUUUGUACUU